GGUUAGUUCACGAGGUAAGAUUGUUUUAAACAUCCGAACUUUCUGUGUAACAGGCUUUGUGUGUGUAUUUAUCCCCUCAAGACAAUGGCAACCAGCUUGAAUUAUACAUUAGCCCUCCUGGGAAAAACAGGCAAUGGUAAAAGCUCUACAGCGAACUCUAUUCUAAGAAGACGUGCAUUCGACACCAGCUCCAACAAUACCUCCACAGCUAGAGAGCCUAGACUUGAAAGCUCUGAGUUCCAAGGGAAACAGUUGCAGGUCAUCGAUGGUCUGGACAUUGUCCACUGUUUUAAAACAAGCGACUGCAGGCCUGUAGAGCAGUGUUUUACAUUCACACAAAGUUUCUCAGCCUUUCUGAUCGUGAUCAAGUUCGGUCAGCGGUUUACUGAGGAGGAGCGUGUAGUCUUAGAGGCUGCCAGAACAAUAUUUGGACAGGAUGUCUUCAAGAAGUUUGGCGUGUGUGUCUUCACACACGGAGAUGACUUUGAGCAUCAGAUGGAAGACUCAGACGAUGAGAAGUACUCAGCCAUUGAGGACUGGGUGGCCGCCCAACACCAGGGGAUAAAAGAUUUGUAUGAGGAGUGUGGACUCAGGGUCGUGUUGUUCAACAACAGAACAAAGGUAGAACAACAAAAGGUGGACCAGGUGGAAAGACUUCUCCAGCAAGUCAAAAAGUUAAAGUUUAACUACACUCACAAAGAUUAUAUAGAAGCUAGUGAAGGUCGUUCUGUUUUUACAGCCAUGAAAUAUCAACCGGAAGUGGAACAGAAAACUCGUCAAUUGCUUAUCGAAAUUAGACAGGAGUUUCUUAGGAUUAAAGAAAACAAAAGUGACAACGUCUCAAUGUUACAAUCACUCGUCAAAAACCUUGAAGACCACAAGAAAUAUAUCAGUGAAAAUCUCGGCAAUCAGUGUCAGGCAGCUGAUUCCCUCAACACAGAAGUUGAUGUAUUAUUGGUGGAAAUAAAAUCCAAGAUUAAACGUACAGACAAGUCUGAAGACAGGCAAGAACAUCAGCAGGAGGACUUUGUAAUGCUGGAUGCUAGUGAAGUUAACUCAACCUUAGAAGACAACAACCAAAGUUUACCGCACACUGAUGUCGCGUCAAUGGCUAAACAUUUUUCCAAAGAAAUUAUUUCAGCUUGCCAGAAAUAUUUAGAUUGUUUACAUACAAUGAAAGAAUCUUGUACAGAUAAGAAGGUUGACGUUAAGAAAGUUGAAGAUUUUGAAAAGAAAAUUAAAGAAAUAUCCACACUGGCAGAACUCGAAAGUUUGCUGGGCAGAUUUGAUAAAGCGGAAUCUGGUCAAAGUAUUAUGAAAACUGGCCAGGACAGUUUAGGAAAAGGGGCAAAUUCUAGCGAUACAGGGCUAGAAUCAAGCAGCAAAAAGAUGAAAACGACAGAAGACGUCAAGCAUGCGGAUCAGGAGUUAAAUAAAGAACAAACUGAGACUGAGAAAACCAUAGACUUGCUACUGAUCGGCAAAACUGGCAACGGCAAAAGUGCCACAGGUAACUCUAUACUGGGACGUCAGGUCUUCAAGUCUACACCAAGCAUGUCUUCAGUGACCACGGCCAUUGAGAAACAGACGACAACAAUCAACGGACUGACGGUCAAUGUCGUGGACGGGCCCGGCGUCAACGACACGGAGAAGAGCAAACGUGAGAACCUCGAGAUGGUCAUUGACACAGUGGAGCAGGCGCUAGAGCUGACCAGCUACAGCUUCACGGCUCUCCUCAUCGUGCUCAAGUUCGGCUCCCGGUUCACGCAACAGGAGAGCGAUGCCAUCAAGGUCAUCAAAGCCAUCUUUGGCACGGAGGUCUUUAAGAACUACGGGAUUUGUAUCCUCACUCACGGCGAUGAUUUUGAAAACGAGAUGAUGGAUGCUGAAGACGAUGAGAAAAUGACUUUUGACAGUUGGUGCAGAAAGCAAAGUGGUGAUCUGGCAGAAGUCUUUAAAGAAUGUGACUACAGGUGUGUGUUGUUUGAUAACAGAACAAAGGAUCAAAAUGUCAGAAACACUCAAGUCAACACACUCCUAUCAUUAGUGAAUACAGAUCAUCGAUAUUCACUAGAAGAAUUUAUGAAAGCCGACAAAGACAGGAAGAGUUUGUUGCUGGAAGCUGCUCUACCUGAUAUACAAAAGCAAACGACGGAAUUUUUAACAAACGUCAGAGAAAAGAUGAACGAAUUGGAAAUAAACAAAAAUUCAAACCCUGAAGAGUUCGAAAACGGUUUGAAAACGUUGACAGAUGAGCUGAAACAAUCGAUAAAGAAUCUUUCGCAAAUCUGUGGCCAAGAAGCCGCACUGUUUCUGAUUGAUCAGGUCAAGGCUGUACAGUUCCAGAUCGAGUCCAAAUUAAAGCUACAUUUCCAAUCAAGUCAGUUUACAAACAUGAAAAGCUCACCGGGUGGUAGCGAAACGAAACCUGCAGCUAGUAAAUAUCAGUAUUCUACACAUGAAAAGCUGCAAAAGCACUCUGAACAAGACAAUGCGCAGCAAGGAACGUCAUCGUUUACCGACCCACAUGAAUACAGGGGCAUGGACUAUGACCACACAUUUGAUUUUUUGCCUAAAAAUGCAUCGUAUGAGUAUAGUGAAUACUCUAAAACCUCAAAAUCUCUAAUUAAGGCACAUUUAAAAAACACAUUUCGGUCUCUUAAAUCUUGUUUGACAAAGAUGUUUAACGCGAUUCCAAAUUUUUUAAACAAUAAUCGUGCAAAUGGAAAAUCUUUUUUAGUUUAAUUUAUUUUUUAUCUAUCUCUUUCAUCGGACUUGAGAAAAGCAAGGCAGGAGCCUAUGAAUGUGAAAAUAAGAAAGAUGAAGUGGCGCUGGGUGGGUCACACACUGCGAAAGGCUCACCCAAGUGUGACACGCCAAGCGCUUGAGUGGAACCCCCAGGGAAAACGGUAUAGAGGGCGCUCAUUACAGACCUGGAGGCGGAGUCUUCUUGAAGAAUUGAAGCCAACAGGGAUGUCUUGGGAGAUGACAAAAUUCAUAGCCGGGGAUCGGGUGAAAUGGAAGGAAAUGGUGGAGGCCCUGUGUUCCUUAAGAAGCAAAGUCAAGUUCGUUGGAUUUACGUUAAUACUAUUCUGAUUUUUGGAUUUUAGUUGUAUUUUUUUUAAAUUUUUAUUUUACUCAUGUUUAUAAAAAACAAAUGUAUUUAUAUCAUUGCGUGUUUUUUUGGCUUAAAUUUUGCCAAUUUAACUUAUUUCUGUAUUUCUAAGCAAUACGAAGUGCAUAAAUUUUCUUAAAUUUGAGCAUUAACAUGUUUUCAAUUUCAGUUAAUUCCAUACGUUUAAACAGAUUUAAUGAGUACUUUUUUCUAAUUUAAAUUAAAAUAUCUUGAUAAAUGUUUAUGGGAUAUGAAACUAGCAUUUCAAAACGUGUUUUCUAGCUUAUUUUUAUUUCUAAACCUCUAAUUCCAUUAUAAUAAAGCCUAAUGUUUUAAAAAAAUCAAUAGCAAGAUAUAAUAUUAUAAAAAAAAAUUCAGCAGAUGUGUCGGCAACCGACAUUUUAGAAAGAAAUAUUGAAAGUACAAAUCGGAUAGGAAAAAAAUAAGUUUGCUAACGAUAUAUCAAACACACUAGAGUAUUAGAGUUGAACCCACACGUAAAACAUGUCUAAAAGGAACUGCACAAAAUUAGUCAAAAAAGGUAAGCAAAAAUAAUUUAAGAGCUUAGACUACAUAAAAUGUGGAAAUCGUAUGUAUUUUGGUUUUUCAUUGUUCGAACUGUUGUAAAUACUUUUCUCUAACGCCAUUUGAAAUGUUUAUUUAACCAUCCUGGAUUAUAGCAUCACUGUGCUGUCUCUCAUCUAAUCAAUGUGCAAUGGCUGAUAGUUACUUUAACACAUGUGUACUUGAUAGACAACAUUUUACAUAUUAUGUAAUAAUAUUUUCUUUUUUUCUGGACAGUUUUCGAAUAACUAAUGUAAAAACAAAUGUAAAUAAAAGGUAGCACGGUAGUUUUGGAGAUUAGCUAGACUCUACUGGAAAUUGUAUUUGAAAGUAGUGAGAUUAUGCAUUUAUUGAGCUAUUUUUCAGCUGUUCUGUGAUGACUGGUGUCAGUGGCAUAGCCAGGAAUUGGUCAUGGGAGGGGUUCAAAAUUUGCUUCCAUAUAUAUACAACUAUAUAUAUAUAUAUAUAUAUAUAUAUAUAUAUAUAUAUAUAUAUAU